GUCAGUCUGGCGUCAUCAUUCGGUCAUGUAGCUAGCUAACGACACCUCGCAACAGAGAAAGCUUGGGAUGGCGGAGGAGAGGAGCGGAGAGGACAUAGUUUCAGAGUACCUGGGCCAGAACCCUCAGCAGGCCCAGUGGGUCGACACUUUCAGGGGCUACUGUGAGAGCAACAAACAGUGGUUCGCUCGGAGGGAGUUCAUCCUGAGAAACAUGGAGGCUUUCCCCACAGUGGAGAUAGGAGUCCCCGGCAGCAGUCUGGACAGACUGCUCUCUCUGUCCAUGGUCUGGGCCAAUCACGUUUUCCUUGGCUGCAGCUAUCCACAGGCUGUAAUGGACAAGAUCAAGGAGAUGGGUGAGGGGAUAGUUGUCCAAGAUGCUCCAGUUCACAAAACAACAAAAGAUGUCAUGGCCAAAGGAAAGCGGAGUGCCACAAAUGAAGGCGAUGCCGACAGCUGUACGAAAAGAGCCAAAUAUGGGCCUAAUGAGCUUGACGGUCCUCGGCCUUCUGGGAGGACGGCCACGCGGCCGGUGAGUCAGAAAGCAGGGCCUCCUCCACAGGCUCCAGCAGAGCAACAGCCCUUCUUCAACCGCCUCUACAAGGCAGUGGCGUGGAAGCUGGUGUCGGCAGGUGGCUUCGGUCCCAACCUGGACCAUUUUGAAAUACUGCGUAGCUGCAUAGAGUCAUGUAAAGAGACCCUGAUCUGCGUGUUUGUGCCACUGAAGGACAUCACAGGCCUCCCUGCAGGUCGCACACAGAAGGAAGGCCAUGUGUGUGAAAUUCGCUGUCAGACUGUCUACAUGGGCACAGGAUACGGCCGGGAUGAGGCUGCUGCCAGAGCCAUGGCUUCCAAAGAAGCCCUAAAAGUCUUUCAGGGGCGAAAAGUGACAGUAAAGAUCUGUAGACGGAGGUACAAAGGGAAAGAUGUGGAGGAUUUGAUGUUGUUGGACGAACAGCCUCGGACUCAGGGGUUUCCUCCUGCCCUCAGCUACCCUUUUCAGGAUGAGCAGCUGGAGGACGGUUCUUCAUAGAGAAGACAGACUGUGACAUUUUCCCUGCUGUGAUCCCAGUUGGAGAAUCGACAGGUGGCAUUUGCUGAAUAGAGCUACUGAAGGAAUUCAAUGUGUCGGGACCAUACUGUUAUGCAGCUGAACACCACAUCUAGACUCGAGAACCAUUAGAUAAGUUAAAGCAUUAACUAUGAUGAUGCGUCUCCGGCAUUACUUUGGCAUCAAAAUACAGGUGACAGAUUGUUAGACAGUGUAUCUGGGAUACAAAACAGCAAAACGUGAUCCUGAAAUCUGCAAAAAACAAACAUCUUUUACUGUGUUGACAAGAUUUUCAACCUCUUUCACUUUUACAAAGUGUGUGUAGUUGGAGCAUGUGCCAUCAUUUGACAGUCAAACAGCCAUAAACUGUUCAACAAGUUCAGCAGGACAGUCUAAGUUCCAGUAAAGGCAGCUUUAAAUGCCACCCUGAGACCAUAAGGUUGAUUGUAUUGCAUUACAUUGAUGUGAUUAUUCGUCUCAGCCCUUAUAAAAUGAAAGAAAUGUGUUGUCCAUUACCUUAUAUUAGAAGUAAUGUGUAUAUAUGUAUUUUCCCCUCUGUUCAUUCCAGUCAGACAGGUCUUGUUCUGGUGAUUUCAGUAGUGUAACUGGGCCCAGUCACACCUGCAGUUCAAUUUUAUUUUUCUGCUCCAAACCGUUGAUAGGUAGAUAACCUCACUCUUAGAUUCCCACUGUUCAUUUACAAUAGAAACAAAAGUCUCAUGAACAAACUAAUAACUUGUUUAUUCACAGGUUUGAUCCCCUGUCAUUCUGCUGGGGUCCAGACUUUGGCAGCAGGAUGCAGUCAAACCUAAUACAGUCACUGUAACGUCUUCUGAACAUGAUGGUCUUGUCUUUCAGCUGAGGACACAAACACAGCUGAAUUAUCUGAAGUAUCAAACCAGACUUUAUUUUGAUAUGUUAAUAUCUGUCAGUCACUGUGGGAUGUCAGAUAUCACAUAUGUUUUCUCUUACUGUACUCAUUAAUCCCUACAUUUUAGGGUUGUCUCUCGAGACAGGUUGGAGUUGCUUCCUCAUUCCCUAAUGACCUGCACUUUAAUUGUGUUAGGACAGGACUGGGCCUCGAUUGCACCAUUUGUUCCCACCCAAGUUUAGUUGUUUUGUUUUUUUUAACUAGCCAGAAAAAUUUAACUUAAAUAUUAAAGUUCCAAAGUUGAAACUGUUCGGAACAUGGUUGGUAUCCAAGUCGUUGUAUAUGAGCUCCAGUCAGUACAGUUCUUGAUUAUAACUGGGUGGAGUUCAGUUGUAAUCUGCUGAACAGUGAUUUAACCAAUAACUCCACAGAGUUUCUGCAGUCAAAGUAAUGCUACAGAGUUUUGAAGGUUUGAGUUUUAUUUCGCAGUCUGUGCAGAAUUUUCAGCUUUUGUGUUCUUGUCAAAUCCUCGGUCAGCGUCAGUGCCCAUCAUACUGUACACAGAGGUGCUGACAGCUACUGCUUUCAUUUUAUUUCAUUCAUUUAAGUUCACUGAUUUAAAAAAAAUAACACUGAGACCCACACUAUGUUGAAAACACUGGGGUGUUAUAAUUGAGAAUAUGAACACAGUUAAAUCCAGUGUGUACAGUUAAGACGUGUUUGGGGGUAAAGUGCUGCAGUGAUGUGUGAUUUUUGUUAUUUCCAGCCUGAAGUUGAAGUUGAACAGGGUUGCAUUGAAGUGUGAGUAUCUACACUGUUCCAUGUUGCUGUACGUUCACACCGGUGAUCCUGUUUCUAUAUAUUUUUUAAAUAAACAUAAUUUAAGCAA